ACGUACAAGCAGGCCGGAAGGCGAAGAAGCAGAAACACACAGGCAAUCAUCAUCAUCAUCAUCAUGUCGCGGGUCUGGUUCUCGGUGGUUGUGGCGACGGCGGCGUUUUGGGGCACCGCCGUGGUGAAGCGCUCGCCGUACUCGUACGAGGUGACGCCGCCGGUGAGGCAGUGGGCGGAUCAGCCGAUGAAGCUGGUGGCGGUGCCGUUGCCGACGACGACGACGACGACGACGCAGCAGCACCAUCAGUGGGAGGGACAGGACGACGAGGAGGAGGACGACAUGUUCGUCACAUCGGCGCAGCACCUGGCGCAUCUGCACAACGCGCUCAUCCGUGGCUACAACUCCAUCGUCCUGCAGGCGCCGCACGUGCUGCCUCCCACCGAGACGGCGGCAGAUGGCGGGAACGAUGGGAACGACGACGAUGACGAGGACGAGGACGAUGACGAUGACGAGGACGAGGACGAUGACGAUGACGAGGACGAUGAGGAUCCGGACGAGGCGAGGCACUUCAUCGGCUACGCGCGCACGUGGGUCAAGUUCCUCAGGGGCCAUCAUGACGACGAGGAGGCGGUGCUGUUCCCGGAGACGGCGUCGAUAUUGCACGACAACACGCUGUGGGGGGACAUGUACAAGGAACACGAGUCCCUCGUCGAGCACAUCCAAGCCCUAGACGCACACCUCGCGCAUCUCUCCGCCAACGCCUCCGCCUACGCGCCCGCACCCCUCCUCUCGCUGCUCUCCGCCCUCCGCGCGCCCCUCGAGCAGAACCUGCACCACGAGGUCGCGCACCUCGCCUCUCUAUCCGCGCACCCGGCCGUUGCCCCGCGGUACACCGUGGAGCGCGCCGUGGCGGCCGAGACGCUCUUGAACUGGCGCGCGAACAGCGUCGGCGCCGUGGCCGGCGGCGGCGGUGGUCUUGUCGGCGGCACGUUUGACGUGGUGCCGCUGCUGCUCCUCAACGUGGACCGUGGGCACAACGAUGGCGGUAACGCCGACUGGCCGCCGAUGCUCGCGCCGGUGCGCUGGGCGCUGGUGAAUGCGGUGGGCGCGGUGCAUGCCGGGCGGUGGCGGUUUGCGAGCUGCGAUGCGUGGGGGAGGCCGAGGGAGUUGUAUGCGGUGGGGAGGGCGGCGGAGAGGAGGCGGAGGGAGCAGGAGAGGGAGACGAAGAAGAGGGGGCAAGAGGAGUUGUGA